GUCAGGCUCCACGUGGGCUAUCCCCAGGAAAUGUCCGGGCAGUAUUGUUCGCCAGUAAAUGACGUCGUCGGCGGACGCCAGUUGAGCAAGUAUCAUUUUUGCUACUUUUAGUGGGAACAGAUGGACGUUAACGUUUGACUGUAGCGCUUUCAAAAAUCAAGCAUUCAUUUUCUUUCUUCAUGGGUCUUCUCUGCUUUUGAUUCUUUGUUUGCUUUUCAGUGAGUGGAUGAUGUUGAUCCCCAGAAACUUUUAAGGCAUGUAAAAAGGGUAUAGAGUUUUGAUUCAUCAGACUGAGGAGGAGCAUGUGGGUUGUGGGAAUUCAAGCUAAUUGAUAAGCAGAGUAUGAGCUCUCCAUCAACUCAACUUACCACAACAAUGGGCAUCUAUGAGCCAUUCCACCAGUUAAGCAGGUGGGAUGUCGGUGACACCUUUAAAAGUGAUGAUAGUCCAAAUACAGGUUCAUCCACAGUUGUCCAGGUGGAUGCUAGGCUAGAGAACAAGUCUGAAUAUAUCUCUUGUGAGCCAAUGGAGCAUUCCAGAAGUGAUCAAGAAGCAAACAAGUCUUCUGAUAAGAUGCAGCGACGUUUGGCACAAAAUCGUGAAGCAGCUCGGAAAAGUCGUAUGCGGAAAAAGGCCUAUGUUCAACAAUUAGAAAGUAGCCGCUUGAAAUUGGCUCAGUUGGAACAGGAAGUUGACAGAGCUAGGCAGCAGGGCCUAUACGUAGGCAGUACAGAUGGUGGUUAUUUGGGACUUUCUUCAACUGCAAAUGCAGGAAUCACUACAUUUGAGAUGGAAUAUGCACACUGGGUUGAAGAGCAUAAUAGACAGAUUUGUGAGUUUAGGAAUGCACUGCAAGUACAUAUAACUGAUAUUGAGCUCCGCAUACUGGUAGAAAAUGGCUUGAACCACUAUUACAAUCUUUUCCGGAUGAAAGAGAAUGCUGCUAAGGCAGAUGUCUUCUAUUUGAUCUCUGGAAUCUGGAGAACAUCAACGGAACGUUUUUUUCACUGGAUUGGAGGAUUUCGUCCAUCAGAGCUUUUAAAUGUUGUCAUGCCACAAAUUGAGCCGUUGACUGACCUACAACUUGUGGAGGUCAAUAACCUCCGACAAUCUUCUCAGCAAGCUGAAGAUGCUCUCUCUCAAGGAAUAGAAAAACUCCAGCAGACUCUAGCUCAGACUAUCACUGCUGAUCCAGUGAGUUUCAGGUCUCAGAUGGCUGCUGCUGUGGAGAAACUGGAUGCACUGGAGAUCUUUGUCAGCCAGGCAGACCACCUUCGGCAACAAACCUUGCAGCAAAUGGCUCGAAUCUUAACAACCAGGCAAGCAGCUAGAGGUUUACUUGCUUUGGGAGAGUACUUCCAUCGUCUUCGUGCUCUAAGCUCACUUUGGGCUGCUCGUCCUCGUGAACCUGCGUAAUCUAUCUACGUUCUAAUCACCAGAAGUUCAGAAGAUGGAUUUGUUGAAUCUCCAGCCUUUAAGAAAAUUUUCAUUGUCUUGCUGUAUGGACCACAAUUUAAUCUGUUCUUAUGCUUUUUCUAAAGCAGCUUCAGUCAAGAAGCGUGAAAAUUUGUAAAUAUGAACUGUAAUGCUGUGUUUCAAGAACAAAACAGGUAAUUAAGUUAGCUACAGUGUAUGUUGUGUAAAAUGUUUGUAGAUAUGUUACUUUUGAAACACGGUCCCAAGUCAUGUAUGGAAGUUAUGAAUU